AUGAGCGAUGAAUAAGUGUUUCUAAAUCCUAUUUAUUUUUACGUUGGAAAGGAUUUUCUUCAAAACAGUUUCAUUGGAAUCAGUAUAUUGUUGAUCAACCCAAUGAAGUUACAUAUAUGUAUCUCGUUGGCUGUCGUCCUUCAAAUAGUAUGCACACACGCAACGUGUAUCAGCAAAACGGCUAAGGAGUUUCAAGGCAACUGCUAUGAGUUUUUCCCAACAAAUAUGAACUGGGAUCAAGCGCAGGAACACUGCGCACGUUUCAAUGGAACAAGGAGCCUGGCCAAAGUUUCUUCACCGUCUGUGUUGGACUUCCUCAAUUCUCUCAGACCAAAGAACACUCCUAUUACAGGUGAUACAAGAGUGUGGCUGGGAGCAACUGAUAGAUUACGAGAAGGUGAAUGGCUGUGGACAGAUGGUACAAAGGCUAAUCUAGCAUCAAUGUGGCGUCCUGGAGAACCGAACCAUUAUAAGGAUGUAAACGAAGACUGUCUUGACAUUUUUAAAUGGGAAAAACUAAACGAUGAAGCGUGUUCUAAUGCUUUCCCUUUUAUUUGCAUGGAAAUUUAUGGUACAACCACGAGCUCAAAAACAGAUCCAACUACAUCUGUGACAACCACAGGAACGACGGCGACAUCAUCGACCACAAAUGGAAUGACGGCGACAUCAUCGACCGCAAAUGGAACGACAGCCACAUCAUCGAUCACAAAUGGAACUACUGCCACAUCAUCGACCACAAAUGGUGAUGUUAUCAUUUUAGAAAGUGAAAUCUAA